AUGCAACACGUGCAAAACAUAUUUACGCACAAACGGCUGCUGUCAAAAUUUCAGCCGAAUCGGACUCGUAGUUUUGUUUUGAUUGCGGACGUGUCCGCGGAAACGGCUAACACGGAGAAUCACCCGACAAAAACCGACGAUCUCGUAUUGGCAAGCCGCCGAUUGAAGAUACGCGAGAUAGCUGAGACAGUAGGCAUCUCAAAAGACCGCGUGGGUCAUAUCCUGCAUGAGAUUUUGGGCAUGAGAAAGCUGUCGGCGCGAUGGGUUCCGCGUUUGCUCACUCCGGACAACAAAUGCAACCCAAUGAAAUUUGAUGACUUAUUAAACGAGGCCAUAAAGAGCGCAUUCCGGACGGAAUGCUUGUAAAUACGGCGUAUGCUACAUGCCGG